AUGUCUCUAGAUGCUGCAGUAGGAUUUAUCCUACAAAACCUGAAAGAAUCAAUUCAAUACAAUUCUGAUUUGUUGAGUGGAGUGAAGGAUGAUGCAAAGGAGCUGAGUGGAGAUCUUGAUACCCUAAAAGCAUUCGUCAAGACUUACACCCAAAAGUAUCAGGACAACGACAUUCUCGAGACAUUGGCCAACAAAAUCAGGUCUGCGGUUUAUCGGGCUGAGGAUGCCAUUGAAAAGUAUAUCUACUGUGCCUCUCAGCAGAAACAGAGGACCGGAGUCAAUAAAGCAGUUCAAUGGUUAUCCUACAUGUCAGACUUGAAAACUGUUGCCAAAGAGAUUAGGAAGGUGAGCAAGGAGGUGAAGGCGAUUUACAACACCGAGGCUCAAAUUGGACUCGCUGCUAUGCAAAUUGAGGAGAAUGCUAACAAGGAUCAGAAGAAGAAAAAGACACCUAUUGUUGAAGAUAAUGUGGUUGGUUUUGAAGAUGCUGCUCAGGAAGUUUAUGAACUGCUUGCCGGUGAAGACAAAUCAAAAAAUUUGGAAGUAAUUUCAAUCAUUGGGAUGCUGGGGUUAGGGAAGACAACACUUGCCAAAAAAGUCUUUAGUGACCCAAGAAUUGAAUACGAGUUCUACACUCGUGUAUUUGUCAAUGUUUCUCAAGAGUACGAGAGGAAAGAAGUAUUCCUGAAAAUUUUGGCUAGUUUUGGUCAAACAAAUGAGCAGACACAGAAGAUGUCAGAUGACGAAUUGGCUGAGCGCCUCAAUGAACAAUUGAAAACAAGGAAGUAUCUGAUUGUGAUGGAUGAUGUUUGGACCCCCGAAGCAUGGAAUGAUCUCAAAGUUGCUUUCCCCAACAACAACAAGUCUAGUAGAAUUCUAAUCACUAGUCGCAACAAACCUGUAGCAGUUGCAGCCAAUAAGAACAUUGACCCUUAUAAUCUCCGGUUUUUGUAUCCGGAAGAGAGUCAAGAAUUACUCCGAAGGAAGGUUUUUGGUGAGAAUAGUUGUCCGGCAGAUAAAGAAGAGUACGAGGUACGUAUAUUGAAAAAAUGUGCUGGACUUCCACUUGCAAUAGUUGUGAUUGCAGGUAUUCUUGUGAAUCAACGAGAGAGAACCGACUGGUGGAGAAGAGUGGCUGAAGAUGUGAAUUACUAUGAUGCAAGAAAUCAAGAACAAACAUAUGAUGUGAUCAAGUUGAGUUAUAAUCACAUGCCAUAUAGCUUAAAACCUUGUUUUCUUUAUCUUGGAGUGUUUCGUGAAGAUUUAGAUAUUCCGGUGUGGAAGUUAUUACGACUCUGGAUUGCUGAAGGCCUGAUUGCUCGCAAUGGUAGUAAUAUGACUCUGGAGGAUAUAGCUGAGGAUUACUUGGAAGAGUUGGUCGAUCGAAAUCUGGUGAUGGCGGCAAAUAGGAGGUUGACUGGUCAGAUCAAAACAUGCCGAAUCCAUGACACCUUGCGAGACUUUUGCAAGAAGGAAUCCAUGAAGGAAAAUCUUUUCCUGGAAAUAAAAAGGUUUGAAGAUGUUUUUGCUUUGUCUGGUAACUCGUCCGAGAAGAAUAUGCGUCGCUUAUGUGUGAAUGCAUUUGUCUCUGAAUAUAUUAAAUCAAAACCUUCUGGAGAGCUUGUACGUUCUUUUUUGAGCUUUGCUAAGGAAGAAACCAUUAUGCCACCUGAACACGUCUCUACCAUCCCAAAAGCCUUUAAGCUCCUAAGAGUUUUGGAUGUUAGGUCAAUCAUUUACCACCGGUUUCCCACAGAACUCCUCCAGCUGGUCCUUUUGAAAUAUAUUGCCAUAUCUAGCAACUUCAAAGUCCUUCCUGAGAAAGUGGCAAACUUGUGGAACCUGCAAACUCUUAUUGUAGAUACAUCAUCCCGCACCCUUGAAAUCAAAGCUGACAUAUGGAAGCUGUCGCAACUGAGGCAUCUUCAAACGAAUGCUUCAACGCGUUUGCCACAACCCAAGGAAGAUUCCCCAAGUAAUCCAAACCUACUUACUCUAGCUACAAUUGCACCAGGGAGUUGUACAAUUGAGGUGUUUUCCAAGACCCCAAAGCUGAAGAAAUUGGGCAUAUGUGGCAAAUUGGUUGAACUUUUGGAGCCAAAUGUCCAGUCCAAUCUGUCCAACUGCCUUAUCAGGCUGGAAGACCUUGAAAACUUGAAGUUGAUGAAUGAUGACAUGACUUCCAGGUUGCAUUCCCUUCCUCCCGACAAUGUGUUUCCGAAACAACUAGUAAGGUUGACAUUGCAGAAUACGUUGCUAGAUUGGAGACACAUGUCUACAUUGGGAAGACUGGAGAAGCUAGAGGUUCUCAAAUUGAAAGACAACGCGUUCCAGGGGGAAUUUUGGGACACGGAGCCUGGUGGUUUUCGCAGUCUCAAAGUCUUGCAUAUUGGAAGUACAAAUCUGGUGAGAUGGAAGUCUGCAGCCAGCCAUUUUCCGCAGCUGAGAAGCCUCUUUCUCAGGCACUGCACUGUGCUUGAGGCCAUCCCGCCAGAACUUGGAGAUAUUUCCACCUUACAAAAAAUUGAUCUCUAUUGCACAAAUGCUAGAGUGGCUACUUCUGCUAGGAAAAUUGAGGUACUAAAGCUAAAAGUUCAGGCUCAGAAAAAGAUCAAAGGUGCCGGGUUCAAAUUCUCAUUUUAUCCUCCAGAUCAUUAA